CAAGUCUGGUUUGGCAUAGUUUGUUCAGACUCCUAGCAAAGAGAAAGCUAGCUGCUAUGUCUACCAAUACAAAAAGCUUCAGCAGCAGUUCCAGUGAAGAUGAGAACGAACUUAGGAGAGGGCCAUGGACUCUUGAAGAAGACACUCUUCUGAUUCAAUACAUAGCUCGUCACGGUGAAGGCCGAUGGAAUCUGCUAGCAAACCGUGCAGGAUUAAGGAGAACUGGAAAGAGUUGCAGAUUGAGAUGGUUAAACUAUCUGAAACCAGAUGUUAAGCGUGGAAAUCUCACUGUAGAAGAACAGCUCUUGAUUCUUGACCUCCACUCCAAGUGGGGAAACAGGUGGUCGAAAAUUGCACAAUACUUACCUGGAAGAACAGACAAUGAAAUCAAGAACUACUGGAGAACUAGAGUGCAGAAACAAGCAAGGCAUCUUAAGAUUGAUACCAACAGCGCAGAGUUUAAGAAUAUUAUUAGGGGCUUUUGGAUGCCUAGAUUGCUGCAGAAGAUAGGAGACCAAAACCAAUUAUCUGCUUCUCAUCAGAAUUCAAUAACAGCAUCACCACCAGAACCACAAUUUACUGAGCAAGGAGCUGUUAACAUGAGCGGAUACGUAAACAAUUUGGAUAUCGAAAACCAAAACAAAGAAUGCAUUUUUCCUUUAGAGGUACCAAUGGAUCAGAUGUCACGCACUUCCCAAUUUUCAGAAUAUUAUCCUUCUAGUCCUUCGUGUGGAGCCAUAGUGCACCAUGAUCACAAUGUAAACAACAGUGGACAUGACAUGGAAGUCUUCAACUUGGUGAAUCCUACAGCUGUUGAUAAUUUCUGUGUGCCAGAAGGUGAAAGCAACUGGCUUGAAACUGAUUUCUCAUGUAGCAUGUGGAACAUGGAUGAAUUGUUGCAAAGGUGUUAGCCUGCAUAGUCCCACAUCGCUCGAGUGCUAUUGCAAAUACAUAUUGUGUAAGAUCACGGGCCUCUCCAACCAAUAUCAAUUAGUUUUUGGAUCGGAUGCUCUAUUUUUGGAUUGAGGGACUUAUUUUGGACAAGCCUCGCCGAACUGAUAAGUUAUUUGGUAUAGUCGUAUAGAUUAGUUUGUGAGAUCAUGUAUCAAGUGAACAGUACUUGUUAAUUUUCCACAACCUAGCUAACUGCAGAACAAUGCAGGUUAUUGGGUUAAACUUUCCAUCAAUAUCAAUGUGCAUCCUUUCCUUGGACUAAAAUUCAAUGCCACUUUGUGAAGCUAA